AUGGUUUCCGCAUCCAAAGCCGCGCGCGACGCCAAAAGAGCCGCAGAGGGCAAGCUUCCCAAGAAGACGGUCGCCUCGAGAUCCAAGGCGGGGUCAAAGACUGCUUCAGGCGCCUCUUCAGUCGCCGGCGACGAUACGCCGCCUCUGGUCGAUGCCGAUGCCGCAACCUCCUCGAAGAACAUGGCGGAGGUGAAGAGACUGGCGGAACAGAUGGACAAGCACGGUCUCUCCGAUCGUGUCACCACCGGCGUUCUCAGCUCCCUCAAGCAAAGUCGAGAUGUCAAGAUGACAUCCAUCUCGCUGGUCUUCCACGGUCGGGUCCUCAUCACCGAUACUACUCUCGAACUUACCUACGGUAAGAGGUAUGGUCUCCUCGGAGAGAACGGCUGUGGCAAGUCGACAUUUUUGAAGUCUCUCGCCAAGCGCGAAUUUCCCAUCCCAGACCACAUCGACAUAUACUUGCUCAAUGAGGGUGCCCCACCUAGUGAGUUGGGCGCGCUGGAAUGGGUUGUGAGGGAAGCAGAAAACGAGAUGGACAGACUCGACAAGCAAGCGGAGCAAAUUCUGGAAGAUGAUGGACCUGAGAGCCCGGUUCUCAUGGAUCUUUAUGAGCGUAUGGAAACCAUGGAUCCGUCCACCUUUGCAACGCGCGCAUCUCUCAUUCUCACCGGUCUUGGGUUCAACAAAAAGACCAUCACAAAGAAAACGAAAGAUAUGUCCGGUGGGUGGCGUAUGCGUGUGGCCUUGGCCAAGGCUCUCUUUGUCAAGCCUUCCCUUCUCUUACUCGAUGACCCGACGGCACAUUUGGAUCUCGAGGCAUGUGUGUGGCUCGAGGAAUACCUGAAGAAAUGGGACCGCACCUUGGUUCUUGUUUCCCACAGUAUGGAUUUCCUGAACGGCGUCUGCACGACCAUGAUCGAUAUGAGAGAUAGAAAGCUCAUGUACUAUGGUGGUAACUACGAUUCAUACUCGAAGACGCGAAAUGAGCAGGAGACCAACCAAAUGAAGGCCUACCAUAAACAACAAGACGAAAUUGUUCACAUCAAGAAAUUCAUCGCGUCGGCCGGUACCUACGCCAACUUGGUCAGGCAGGCCAAGUCCCGACAGAAGAUUUUGGACAAGAUGGAGGCAGAUGGUUUCAUCCAGCCCGUCGCCCACGAUCGUGUCUUCACGUUCCGAUUCGCGGACGUUGAAAAACUUCCCCCCCCAGUGCUGUCAUUCGACGAUGUCACCUUCUCCUACUCUGGUGAUCCAAAGGACGAUCUCUACCGCCAUCUGGAUCUUGGUGUGGAUAUGGACUCUCGAACAGCCCUGGUCGGGCCUAACGGUGUUGGAAAGUCAACUCUACUGAAGCUCAUGACAGGCAAGCUUUCACCCACAGGGGGUGUCGUCUCGCGCCACACUCACUUGAAGAUGGGCGUGUACAGUCAACAUUCCGCCGAGCAGCUAGACCUCACCAAGUCCGCUCUCGACUUCGUCCGAGACAAGUAUUCCGACAAGAGUCAGGAUUACCAGUACUGGAGACAGCAGCUCGGAAAGUAUGGCCUCAGCGGCGAGUCUCAAACGGCCUUGAUGGGCACCUUAUCCGAGGGCCAGAAAUCCCGUAUCGUGUUCGCUCUUUUGGCUAUUGACGGGCCCAAUAUGCUUCUGUUGGAUGAGCCUACCAACGGCUUGGAUAUCCCGACGAUCGACAGUUUGGCGGAUGCCAUCAAUGCGUUCACUGGCGGUGUUGUUGUUGUUUCUCACGAUUUCAGAUUGCUCGAUAAGAUUGCAAAGGAUAUCAUGGUGUGCGAGCACCAGUCCAUCCACCGAUGGGAUGGCACUAUUGGGGAGUAUAAGAACCACCUGAGGAAGAAGAUGGUGGCGGCAGGUGCAGUCUAG